GGCGCCGCCAUUUGCGUUCGCUUAUUAAAGACACGGCACAUGUGACCGUAUCCCAUUCACCGUUUUUAAUUAUCCACUCACCCGAUAUAUAAAUAUACAUAUAUCCUAUGAUUUUCCAUCACAAGCUUGCGGUCUGGUAACGUUUGUCGCUACCUUCGACUGCCGUGAAUAAAUAUAGGUAUAGGUGAGUGGCGGAUGUCGCAGUGAUAGGUUCCAUGCGUAUACUUGUGAAUGCGUGAGUGCGUGAGUGCGUGCACACCUUGUAUACGUAUGUACGUCACGCGGUUACUUCUCCCUCUCUCUCUCUCUUACCUCUUUCUCUUUUUCUCACCUUUCUCCUCUAUUUUUCUCCUAACCUAAUCUAACUUAACCUAACCUUUUUCGCGGCUCAACGAACGCUCGGCAGAAAUUGGGGCGCGAUAGAUUAUCUAUAUCAAAGAGAAAAUGGAAUUCUGCAUCGAUUACUUGAAGUAAUCUACCGAGUGAUUGAAGAUCAGCUGGUUUCUAUUUUCAGGUCUCUCUCUCUCUCUCUCUCUCUCUCUCUCUCUCUCUCUCUCUCUCUCUCCCCCCUCUCUCCCUCCCUUCCCGUUUGCAUUGUUCAACUGUGCAGUCAUGGCCUCGUCUAACCGCGGUAUCCAAAUCGGCUCCGGCUGGUUCCAGACCAAGAUUAAUCUCAGACCGCAACAUCGGGGCGUUCACCUUGUCACCGAAGAGAUCCUCAGGCAAGUCCCUGAGCUUUGUCAGUUUUCCAUUGGUCUCUGCCAUAUUCAAAUUCUUCACACUUCAGCUAGUUUAGCGUUAAACGAAAGCUGGGAUCCAGAUGUAAGAGACGAUAUGGAAAUGAUGCUUAAUAAAAUAGUUCCUGAAGGCUUGGAGUAUAGACAUAGCUGUGAAGGGCCUGAUGAUAUGCCGGCACAUGUAAAGGCUUGUUUUUUGGGCUCAUCACUGAGCAUCCCAAUCACCGAUGGCAAACUGGCGCUAGGCACAUGGCAAGGCAUUUGGUUAGGCGAACAUCGCGAUCAUGCUGGCAGUCGCAAACUUGUGGUAACGCUAACUGGUGUUCUAAGGGAUUCGGCGCGUAGUCCUCUCAGCCCGGUCAGUCCUAUUGCUUCUACCAGCAGCUAGGACCACUCGCAUCCCCAAAGGCGUAGCAAGCGUCAGCUGCGCGUGUCCACCUCGAGUGAAUCAAGCUAGCAGCCGCUACAAGCGCUAGUCGACUUAUAAAAGUACAAUCCAUUGAGGAAGAGAAUGAGUCGGAUACCUCGCAAAUUUAUCUAUCCGCGUCGAUCGUGGACAAAAAUCGAUAUCGCACACUGUUCAUGUCUUCUGUGUGCGUGUGUAUGUGUUUUAAAGUUUUGAUUUAAUGUUUCUGACAUGAUUAUUCUGCAAGAAUAUCCGUUUUUUUGUUGAAAUAAAAUAAGUCUUUGGGACUGUUGCAAGAGUUCCCCAGACAAGAAAAAUUGGUAAUGAUAUCUUUGAAAUUGUGUCGAUGUAAUUUACAUGGAAAUCAAGGUUUUAAGGAAAGUUUCAGCUUAAAAAGUUGCAUUAUAGUUAUUAAUUAGAUAAAAAAAAGAUCAAAUCUUUUUGAUAUUCAGACAUACAAAAACUAAGAUCAUUGAGAGUUUUUGGUUCCAAAAAUAUUUGAAUAA